GUAACUCGGAAGCCGGAGCCGGGACAGGCCCGGGGCGGGAGGGGCUGUGCGGCGGAGGCGGCCGCCCCUGGCGGCGGGUUUGUUUAUCCCGGAAAAAAGAAGUUUAGGAAAAGGCGCUGGAUAGGGAAGGAGGGCGGACCGGGCAGAGGAGGGAUGCGGGUCGGCAGAGGCGGCCGCCACAGCGACUCGCCGCCAUCGCCCCUGCCGCUUCAGCCGCCGCAGCCUCGGCUCCUGGGGCCGCCGCGGCCCCCGCCGCCCCCGCCUGCCCGGGAGAGGAGCCGUCGCUGGGACUGCUCGCCGCCGCCCCGCACGUCCGGGUGCAAUACUCAACUGUGAGAUAUUAUAUAAAUCCUAAAAAAAUACUAGAAUAAAAAUAUAAGCGACAAUGUCUCGAGAACCAACCCCACCUCUGCCUGGAGAAAUGUCUACUGGUCCAAUAGCAGAAAGCUGGUGUUACACACAGGUUAAAGUAGUAAAAUUUUCCUACAUGUGGACCAUUAAUAACUUUAGUUUUUGUCGGGAAGAAAUGGGUGAAGUGUUAAAAAGUUCAACAUUCUCAUCUGGCCCAAAUGACAAAAUGAAAUGGUGCCUGAGGGUAAACCCAAAGGGAUUAGAUGAUGAAAGUAAAGACUACUUGUCCUUAUAUUUGCUUUUAGUCAGCUGCCCCAAAAGUGAAGUUCGAGCAAAAUUCAAAUUUUCCCUUCUGAACGCUAAAAGGGAAGAAACAAAAGCAAUGGAAAGCCAAAGAGCAUAUCGAUUUGUGCAAGGGAAGGACUGGGGGUUUAAAAAGUUCAUUAGAAGGGAUUUUUUGCUUGAUGAAGCCAAUGGUCUUUUACCAGAUGACAAGCUUACAUUAUUUUGUGAGGUGAGUGUUGUCCAAGAUUCAGUAAACAUAUCAGGACAUACUAAUACAAACACGUUAAGGGUGCCUGAAUGUCGACUAGCAGAAGAUUUAGGUAAUCUCUGGGAAAAUACAAGAUUUACGGAUUGCAGUUUUUUUGUGAGAGGACAAGAAUUUAAAGCUCAUAAAUCAGUACUUGCAGCCCGAUCCCCAGUUUUUAAUGCAAUGUUUGAACAUGAAAUGGAAGAAAGCAAAAAGAAUCGAGUGGAAAUCAGUGAUGUAGACCCUGAGGUUUUUAAAGAAAUGAUGAGAUUUGUUUACACGGGGAAAGCACCAAAUCUUGAUAAAAUGGCUGAUAACUUAUUGGCAGCGGCAGACAAAUAUGCACUGGAACGGCUGAAGGUCAUGUGCGAGGAAGCAUUGUGUAGUAACCUCACUGUAGAAAAUGUUGCUGAUACCCUUGUCCUUGCAGAUUUGCACAGUGCAGAACAGCUGAAAGCACAAGCCAUAGACUUUAUUAAUAGGUGCAGUGUACUUCGACAACUUGGGUGUAAAGAUGGGAAAAACUGGAACAGCAACCAAGCAACUGACAUAAUGGAAACAUCAGGGUGGAAGUCCAUGAUUCAGUCGCACCCACACCUGGUAGCAGAAGCCUUCCGAGCACUCGCCUCUGCACAGUGUCCACAAUUUGGCAUUCCUCGCAAACGGCUAAAACAAUCAUGAAAUCUUCAUGAACAGUUAAAAAAUGGAAUUGACCUUUACUCCUCCAGGUCCAGAAGGAUGCGAGUACACAAACCAUAAGCAAGAGUUGUAUCUGUUUUCUUGUCCUCAGAAAGAAGGCGUGAAAAGCAUAUUGCUUGCAUUUCAGGUGGAUAAUUUAUGGUUUAUUCUUCAGCUUUAAAUUAGACUGAUUAAUUCACUUCAAGGCCUUAAAUUAUCUUCAGUGACUUCUCUUCUUCAUAAAAUACAUUGUUGUUUUUAUUUUGUUUUGUUUUUUAUUGUGCCUUGUCAUUUUGACCAGGCUAUGCAGGAUUGCACUAGCUCCAUAAUGCAGUAAUACUGAUAACUGAAGAUACUAAGUCUCAAAAGGAUCUUCCAUUAUCUUGAGAAAAAAAAAAAAAAAGAAGUUCGAGGUUUUUUCCUAUGCUAUCUCAAAGUUUAAAUGUAGGUUCUCCUUCAGAGCACUUCUAUUGGAGAUGACCAAUUACGUCUCCAGUCUAAGUUCUAUAAAUGUAGAAGAACCUGCUUACCUUCAAGGUAAGUUAUGGCAAUACACUGCUCCAGUUCUCAUCUACUUUUCAUUUCAGGGGGGCAAAUAUGCAAUGAGUUGGUCCAGACUUUUGGUAAAAUUUGUGGUGUUUGUCUGUAUGCUAACUAUUCAACAAAAAGUGGCUUUAUCCAAAGUUACAAUGAUUGAGAACUGAUUGAGCCUAAGAUUUCAACAAAUAAACAUGUUUUCCAGUGUUUUUUCUUUAAUUUACAGUAACUUGCAUUUAUAUGAAGAAUUCUGUAUAUGUUAAAAGGACGACCAAAUGUAAAUUUAAUGAGUGGGCCAAUUAAGAAAGAUAUAUGCACUUUUAACGUGUAACUUUUGUAUGCUGAAUGGUACACAUUUUUUUCCUGCUUUUGAGGGAAUUAAUAAGGUAUAAUUAAUUUUGUCUUAACUUUUGGAAUACUUUUUUAAGACAGAUGGAAGCAACUGGGGUGUUUGUGAUAAUAUGUAAGAAGGGUCUCCUUGAUUGUAGUUAAAUUGGUUUGAAUUUCAGAUAUUCAUUACCGAAUUUAUUCCUUUUUUUUUUUUACACUUUGGAAAAGGCACCUGAAAAAUAAACAAAUUCUGAGCAGUAUACUCUCCUCCAAACAGUGAGCUGAUACUGUGUACCUGUGCAAGUGCAUGCAAAGAAGAAAACUGUCAGGCUGUUUCAGAUUACACCAUGAAACUUUUUUCUGUUUUCUCCUUUCUGUUUCAGUUACUGUACUAACAUUGUGGAUGGUGUUGAAAUUCUGCAUAAUGUGAACAGGAUAAACUAUUUAUAAACUGCUUUUCAUGGGCCAGUUCUUUAUUGUAAAUGGACUUUAGCUUUAACCACACAUCCAUGUUCAGUGUUUGUUAGCUGUAUUCCUCCAGAAGGUCUGUUUGGUGCAUUGUCCUGGAGAAACAGGGGCAGUCAGUGUCGGGACUUUGCGUCCGACCUGCUGGAGCAGCAGCAGAGGGCUUCUUAGGCAGGAUUAGCAUUUGAACGCAAGGGGCUGGUAUGUCACUGGGAAGAGCAAAGCACACACCUGUGUGCUUGCAGAAAUCACUUUGUCCUCCAGACUAGAAUGUUUAUUUAGAUUUUGAAGUCAGGGCAAAGGGAAUAAAAUGAAGUUUAAGAAUCUAAAAUAGAUGUUAUUUUUGCUGUUUCUUUACUAAAUGUUAUCUGAAGGAAGCAAAACAUACAUUGAUCAAACUGUCAAAGUAAACAUUUGUUCUCCACAACAAACAGGAGUUCAAAAGAUCGUAUUUUCAAAAUUUUAGCUUCUUUUUGUGAUGUUUGAGUCUUCAAAGUAGUAACUUAAAUUGGGAUUUGGACAUACCUCUUAGGAGAAGAGGAAGAUUCUUAACCUGGUAAUGGGCUUCAUCCUCAGUAACAAUGUUGUGGAGAGUAGAAAUUCACUUCCUUUAUUGUGCCAUAAGAUGGAGUCUAUUAAAUUUACAUGUGGAAUUUUAACUUUUGCAUGUGUGCACACAUACAUGUACAUAAGUGUACACACAUACACAUAUAUACUAAGAUUUUAGCAGGGUCUUAAAAGAAAGCAUAUAUUCUCUCUAAGCAGUUAUAUCGUCAUCUAUCAAAAAAGUCUUGGUGUGUCUGUUAUAUAUGUGCUUACACACUGGUACAUUGCAAAUUCACCGCUCUAAUCUGCAUUUCUAACCACAGUGACUUCAGUAAUCACACCACAUAAGUGAAUGUUUCAGCUUGGCCUCUCCUACUGAAGUGUUUAUUGCAAAUCUUAAGGAUUUCAUAAGUUUAGACAUUAAAUUUGCUAGCACAUUUUGUACCAAAAAUGUCAAACACUGUGCUGUAAGAAUAUCCAUGCUUAUGGAAGUGUCCACUUUUCAGAUAUUAUAAUGGCUCCUGAUGUACUAACAUUUUUUAUUUAUUAUGUAUAGUUUUGCUAUUGUGGAUUCUUGCAGCAGAGAUUUAAAAAAAAUAACCUGUUCAUGUGUUCCAAAGCAGUGCUCUAACAGCAUUUUUCCUCUUCCAUUUUGAAGACACACAUGACAUUUUCAAAAUAGGCACAGAUCCUGUCCAGAGGAUUCUUGCCUUUUGCUUGGUCAGCCUACUUCUACUUCCCUUUUGUCACCCAAAUAGGGCUUUUCCUUAAAAAGUAGUGAGUGGUUUUAAAUAUUACAUGUUAAAAAAGUAAAUGUUGGAUAACUUCUUUAAGAUUUAUAAACACUAUAUUUGUGCCUUUUUCAUUUUUAAAGUUUAGUGUUUAUUGGUAUUUGGAGCACAAAUAUGAAGGUGCCAUACUAUGGCUUGCCAACGUUACCUCCUUGAAUACUCAUGUGUCAUUGUCUUGAAACAGUAAUUGAGAACCUUGCAUGAAUUAUGUGAUUGUAUCUGUGUGUGUGUGUGCGUGUGUACCUGAAUUUAUUUGGGCAUGUGUGCGAUAUGUUCAGAGUGAACUUUUGAAAAUAGGACUCAGUUAAAUGUUGAAAGUUUAGGUUUGUUAAAAUAUUUCACUUGAAUUUGCUUUAUUUGGGGGCACAGUUGAUUGGCAAAGGAGAUUCUGAUUCUCAAAGUGUCCAACUUAUUGCAUGACAAAAUGUGAAAACAGUGCCUUUUUAGGUCACCAGUAAUAACAGAAUUAAGUGUUUGUUAUCAGAGAUCUUGUACAAAGUUGUCAUAAGCAUUUUUAAUUUAUUUAAAAAUAUAAGUGAGAGCUUGAAUUGUUAAAAGUAUAAUUAUUAACUUACCCAUUUGAGUUUUAUGGAUAAAAUUAAACAAAUUCUUUAUAAAAUUAUGGAUCAUAGAAACUUAGUGCUACUAAAAUACAAGUUUGUACCUACUGCUACAAAAAUA